GGACAGAUGGUACAUACUGUUGGUGCUGCUCUAACUGCUCUGUCAUUGAUUCAGUAGUAACACAGUCGUCAGUCCACAGCCUGCCUGCCUGCAGAGAGAGAGCCAAAACAGGAAGAGCGAAAGAGAGGACACAAGGAGAGAAGAAAAGAGAGUGAUUGUGAGAGAGAGAAGCAGGGAAAGCGUCCAGCCAUCUUUCUGUCUCCAGUCUGAAAGCCACAGACGCCCUCUUUGUCUGGCGUCCCUGAUAUGACCCUGUUCAAAAGUGAGCACCACCGCAGCCCACGAUACAUUAGCAUGAGUGGAGAGCUGAAGUCCAGCCGUUCCAAGACCGGCAGCAAGAGACCCAGCAACAAUCCAUACGGAUCUGACUAUGACCUGGACUAUGAGUGCUAUCAGGAGGACCUCUAUGACAGGAUGUAUGACUACCAGCGCGUGCCAGCUUCCCUACCUCCCCUGUCCCAGGGACCUAGCCUGGCCAAACGACCCCGCUCCUCCUCCACUUCCUCUGGGCACAGACGCAGCCGAGACAGGCCCACCUCCAAGAGCUCCAGAGCCCACUCCACCAGCUCCAACAGGGCCAAGUUGAGAAUGGAGGAGCUGCAGGUCAUUAAGAGGGAGCUGACUCUGAUAAAGACACAGAUUGACGGGCUGCUUGACAACCUGGACAGGAUGGACACACAGAGGCAGGACCACACAGGGUCUCCCGUGAGGGAGGGCAGCCUGGCCGGGUCACCGUACUCCCCCUCCGCCAGCAGUGGUGAGCGCUCCCCCUCCCCCCUGUCCCCCCCACGCCGCUGCAUCCAGAGAGAGAGCCCCGAACUGGGGGAGGCCAGCGACGAUGAUCACACGAUGAAUAACCACAGCUCUGACCCUGAGGACGAGAUGUGAGGAUGGAAACAGAGAAGAAAUGGAGGAGCACCAGACAUAGAGGAAGAGAAUAUCUGUCUUGUCAAGGAGUUACCAUGCCAACAACUGAUUCAGAGGCCCCACUCCUGUCGAACCAACCAGUUACAUUGUAUUCUACAUCCACAUCCACAUAUACAUCAAACAGAAAUACACUACUACACACACCACUUUGUGUUCAGAGUUAGCCUCUUUAGGUUCUAAAUCAUCUAUUCCUCCUCUCUCUGUCUGGUAAGGGCAGAUAUUGUAUGUGUGAACAGCACACACACACAGACACACAGGCACACACACACACACUGUAAUUACAGUUUAUCAGAAAUCAACUCCAUGUAUCUCCCUUGGCUAUUCCCCACUGAGAUCAGCUCACCACAAACACACACACACACACACACACACACACACACACACACACACACACACUGUAAUUACAGUUUAUCAGAAAUCAACUCCAUGUAUCUCCCUUGGCUAUUCCCCACUGAGAUCAGCUCACCACAAACACACACACACACACACACACACACAAACACACACACACACACACACACACACACACACACAGUGUAGUGUAAUUAUUAACCAGAACAGGGAGGUGAAAUCAUUUCCAUAUUUAUAAUUUUUUUACGCUCUUUUUAGCACGUCUUCAUAUUUUCCUGAAAAACAUUCUGAUUACCAAUCCGUAUAAAUUUUACCUGCAUAUUGAGAGAUUGUUUAAAAAAAAAAUGAGCAUACUAUAGAUGUCACAAUCAUAGUUUUUCAGUGACUUGAGUUAUUUUGUUAUCUGUAUAUCAUAUCACUACCAGAGCAUGAAUUCAUCAGUUUAUACUUGUCCAUCAGUUAAAAUCCCCCCCCCCCCCUUAUGUCUGUGUAAUGUUAUCUCCCUGCGGUAUUACUACCUGUCUGUAUUAGGUAUGAGGAGACAGUAGCCCAUCUCUUCCUCUAUGUACCUGGCGCUAUGAGCUGAGGAGAGGCCCCGGCCCGGUCCAUGUGUAAUAUUGUGUAUUACUGUAAAACUUUACUGUAUUAGGUCAGCUGUACGAUUUUAAUCCAUCAUUUUGUUUUAGUUUUUUUUAUUUGUUAAUGUUUUUUAAAGCGAGAAGAAAACAACAAUGAUAAUUGUUUUAUUAUAAUUCUAGUGGUGUUAGAUGUUUUGUUAGUUCUGUUUGUAUUCAUGAAGAAGCCAAGUGGAAACACUACUCACACUGUCACAGUAGUAAAGGUAUUUUCAUAUUGAUUAAAAACACCUCUGGGAGUG